AUGGGGCAUGUCGUGGACGUCUUCAGGAAGUGCCUACCGAAGAAGACCAAGGAGGUCCAGCACGGGAUAAUCCGGUCGGCCACCGAGCUCAAGGAGACCGGUAUCCAGUUCAAGAAGAGCCUGACCAGCAGUCUCAAGGACAUCUCCUUUGCCAGAGGGGUCCUGAAGCUCCCCGCUAUCAUGGUGGAUGACACCACCAAGUCCGAGCUCCUCAAUCUCAUGACUUUCGAGCGCUUGCACAUCGGGACUGGGAACGAGAUCACAUCCUACACCAAAUUCAUGGACAACAUCAUCAACAAUGAGUGGGAUGUCGCGCUGCUCCAUGCCCAAGGCAUCAUCCAGAAUUCUAUUGGGUGCGACGAUGCAGUCGCUGACCUAUUCAACUCGCUGUGCAAGGAAGUGACGGUCGGACCCAACAGCAGCCUUGAUGCCGUGCAGAAGAAAAUCAGUGAGUACUGCGAGAAGCCCUGGAACAGGUGGAGGGCUAAUCUUAGACACACCUACUUCAGUAGUCCUUGGAGUGCAUUGUCUCUCAUUGCCGCCAUCUUCCUCUUCACACUCACCUUAAUUCAGACCAUAUUUAUCGUGCUCACCUACUAUUGA